GCCGGCGCGGCGCGGCGGAGAGUGCGACAUGGACGCCCGUGAGGACUACGUUUGGCCGCGGGCGACUUCGGAGCUCAUUCUGCUCCCAGUCACGGGGCUGGAGUGCGUGGGGGACCGGCUGUUGGCGGGGCCAUCCAACCUGCUCUUUCCUCUGCCGGGAAAGGUGGCCUCCCCCAACACCCAGCCUGGUCAGAUUAGACCAAGAUUCGCAGUCACGGCACUCCUGACCUGGGUCAGACGGUCGUUCGUGUAAGGGGCCAUCUGUGCUGCAGCAGCCCUGGCUGCCACCCCUAGGUGCGCUGCGCAGCUGCCAGUCAUGACGACCAAGUGUGUCUGCAGACAUUGCCAAGUGCUUUCUGGGGCGGGGACUGCCCCUUCCCCCCCCCCGCCCCGCGUUGAGAACCACUAGGUGAGAUGGUCCCAUUUUAUGUUCUUGAAACAACACAACAUAUUCUUCCGAGGGUCUUAACAGUUUAAGAGCGUGGUUCAGUUGAGCGGCGGUGUGAAAUCCAUACUCAGUGGAAUGAAGGUCCGGUUGUGAGCACAGCUGAGGGACUGCUAGUGUCACUCACGUCAGGCUAGAUGAUGUCUUAGGCAAGUCACAGGACUUGGGGACAGUGCAAUGUGGGAGGUUAAAAGCACACGGUGGACUCUGGGGCGGGCAGGGUGGCAAUGAUCCUUGCGAUGUGUUGCUUGGAGAGAGCCCAGGGGCGAGGUGAGUGGGAGGUGCCUGCAGGGCAGCCCGACUGGCCGCUGAGGGUCCAGGAGCCGCUGCUCCCUCUUCUAGUCGUCCCCCCGCUCACAGCUCCUGGAGAUCACGGGGGCUUCUGUCAGGGCCCUGAGGUGGAUGAGCCUGAAGACUUUGGGACUGAAGCUGAGAGGGAUCCCGUCCGAAACAUGGGCAGUUAGGUGGGUGAGGAGGAGGCGGUCGGGCUGAAUGUCUGGAGCGGCCCGCGAGGGCUCAGAGUACGCACCAAGAGUCCACUGAAGCAGAGGCCAAGCUGAGUCUCCUAAAAGGCUGGUGGGCUGCGUGCUGGGGGUCUUCCCUGCCGCCUGCGCCUCCAUAGCUCCCCUGAGUCGUGGGGGGGGCACUGAGGCGGCCUCACCUGUGUCUAGGCGAGGGGCCGGAUGUCCUGGUGUACACCUUGGACUUCGGGGGGCACCUGCGGAUGACGAAGCGAGUGCAGAGCCUGCUCGGCCACUACCUUAUCCAUGGGUUUCGGGUGCAACUGGAGCCCGGCGGAGACCUCGACGCUGAGGCCACGGUGGCCGUGUUCGGGAGCAAGGGACUCCGAGUCGUGAAAGUGAGCUGGGGACAGGGCCACUUCCGGGAGCUCUGGCGCUCCAGCCUGUGCAACAUGUCUGAUUGGAUCUGGGAUGCACGUUGGCUUGAAGGGAACGUGGCCUUGGCCCUGGGCCACAACUCAGUAGUGUUGUAUGACCCCGUGGGAGGCUGUGUCCUGCAGGAGGUGCCCUGCACGGACAGGUGCACCCUCUCGGCCGCUUGUCUGAUUGGUGACACCUGGAAGGAGCUGACCAUGGUGGCAGGUGCUGUUUCCAACCAGCUCCUGGUCUGGUACCCAGCAGUCACCCUACCAGACAAGAAGCCCGUGGCCCCUGACCGGCGGGUGAGUGGGCACAUGGGGGUCAUCUUCAGUAUGUCGUACCUGGAAAGCAAGGGCUUGUUGGCCACAGCUUCAGAAGACCGAAGUGUUCGCAUCUGGAAGGUGGGUGACCUGCGCAUACCUGGGGGUAGGGUGCAGAACACAGGGCACUGCUUCGGGCACAGCGCCCGCGUGUGGCAGGUCAAGCUCCUAGAGAGUUACCUCAUCAGUGCUGGAGAGGACUGUGUCUGCUUGGUCUGGAGCCACGAAGGCGAGAUCCUUCAGGCCUUUCGGGGCCACCAGGGCCGUGGGAUCCGGGCCAUCGCUGCCCAUGAGAGGCAGGCCUGGGUUAUCACUGGGGGUGAUGACUCUGGCAUUCGGCUGUGGCAUCUGGUAGGGCGUGGGCACCUAGGGUCAGGGGUCUCAGCUCUCUGCUUCAAGUCCCGUAGCAGGCCAGGUGUCCUCAAGGCUGUGACAUUGGCCGGCUCCUGGCGACUACUGGCAGUGACAGAUAUGGGGGCCUUGUACCUCUAUGACCUUGAGACCAAGUGCUGGGAGCAGCUUCUCGAGGACAAGCGCUUCCAGUCCUACUGCCUCCUGGAGGCGGCUCCUGGCCCCGAGGGGUUUGGACUGUGCGCCAUGGCAAAUGGGGAGGGCCACGUCAAGGUCGUCCCCAUCAACACACCAGCGGCCGCUGUGGAGCUGACCCUGUUCCAUGGGAAGGUGCACAGCCUGAGCUGGGCCCUGCGAGGCUACGAGGAGCUCCUGUUGCUGGCAUCGGGCCCUGGUGGCGUUGUGGCCUGCCUGGAAAUCUCGGCUGCGCCCUCGGGCAAGGCGAUCUUUGUCACGGAGCGCUGCCGGUACCUGCUGCCCCCAAGCAAGCAGAGAUGGCACACGUGUAGUGCCUUCCUACCCCCGGGGGACUUCCUGGUGUGUGGGGACCGCCGCGGCUCUGUGUUGCUGUUCCCAUCCAGGCCAGGUCUGCUCAAGGAUCUUGGGCUUGGAGUCAACGCAGGGGCUGGUGCUGGGGCACCCAGAGCAGGGGGCGGCGGUGACAGUGCUGAGGAAACCGCGGCUGCGUGGGGCCCUGUGUCCACCCUCCCCUCUCUGCAUGGGAAGCAGGGUGUGACCUCAGUCACCUGCCACGGAGGCUAUGUGUACAGCACAGGGCGCGAUGGUGCCUACUACCAGCUCUGUGCGCGAGGCGGCCAGCUCCAGCCCGUCCUCAGGCAGAAGUGCUGCCGAGGCAUGAACUGGGUGGCCGGUCUCCGCGUGGUGGCCGAUGGCAGUGUGGCCAUCCUGGGUUUCCGUGCCAACGAGUUCGUGGUGUGGAGCGCCCGGUCCCACGAGAGGCUACACGUCGUCAGCUGCGGUGGAGGGCAUCGCUCCUGGGCCUUCUCUGAUACUGAGGCGGCCAUGGCCUUUGCCUACCUAAAGGAUGGGGACGUCAUGCUGUACCAGGCACUGGGGGGCUGCACCCGGCCACACGUGAUUCUCCGAGAGAGCCUGCAUGGUCGGGAGAUCACGUGUGUGAAAAGGGUGGGCAGCAUCCCCGUGAGGCCUGAAUUUGGGGUUCCCAGCUUCAUGCAGCCUGACCAUGGAGAGCCUGGCAGCGAGGGGCCAGGCCUGACUGACAUCAUCAUCACGUGCAGCGAGGACACCACCCUCUGUGUCCUAGCGCUCCCCACUGCCACGGGCUCAGCCCAUGCGCUCACAGCCGUCUGUAACCACAUCUCCUCCGUGCGUGCAGUGGCUGUGUGGGGUGCUGGCAGCCCAGGAGGCCCUCAGGGGCCUCGGCCAGGCCUGACUGCCCACGUAGUGUCUGCGGGGGGCCGGGCCGAAAUGCACUGCUUCAGCAUCACGGUCACCCCAGAGCCCAGCACCCCAAGCCGCCUGGCCUGCCACGUCAUGCACCUUUCAUCCCACCGGCUGGACGAAUACUGGGACCGGCAGCGUAAUCGGCACCGGAUGGUCAAGGUGGACCCGGAGACCAGGUACAUGUCCCUAGCUGUGUGUGAGCUCGACCGGCCUGGCCUCGGCCCCCUGGUGGCUGCAGCCUGUAGCGAUGGGGCAGUGAGGCUCUUUCUUUUGCAAGAGUUUGGACGGCGGCUGCAGCUCCUGGCAGAAACCUUUCACCACAAGCGCUGUGUCCUCAAGGUCCAUUCCUUCACACACGAGGCGCCUAGCCAGCAGCGGAGGCUGUUCCUGUGCAGUGCAGCCACUGAUGGCAGCCUGGCCUUCUGGGACCUCACCACUGUGCUUGACCAUGGCUCCACAGCCCUGGAGCCUCCAACAGCCCCUGGGCUCCCCCACCAGCUGGGCCCCCCCGCCCUGACCGUCCAGGCUCACAGCUGUGGUGUCAACAGUCUACAUACCUUGCCCACAAGGGAGAGCCACCUUGUGGCCAGUGGCAGUGAGGAUGGCUCCCUGCACAUCUUCGAGCUUGCCGUGGACACGCCAGAGCUGGAGAGGGCAGGUGGGGGUGCCGAGCUGAUGCCCCAGCUGCACGUGCUGGAAGAAUACUCAGUCCCCUGUGCUCAUGCUGCACACGUGACUGGCCUCAAGAUCUUGAGCCCCAGCCUGAUGGUCUCAGCUUCCAUUGACCAACGGCUGACCUUCUGGCGCCUGGGGCAAGGUGAGCCCACCUUCAUGAACAGCACAGUGUACCACGUACCAGAUGUGGCCGACAUGGACUGCUGGCCUGUAAGCCCUGAGUUUGGCCACCGCUGUGCUCUUGGGGGCCAAGGGCUGGAGGUUUACAACUGGUAUGACUGAAGGAACCCACAGAGGCUGCCCACUGGGCAUGACAUCUGCCCACAGCAGGCAUGACUGCUGUGCCCAGUGGGCCUCAGGGGAUGGCAGAGAUGACAGCCUCGAGUCCCCAACCUCAGAGCAAGAGCUGGAGGUGAGUGGAGGCUGCCUGAGCAGGCCCAGACCCAGGCCCCGUCCCCCCAGCACCUCCCCACAGGACGACGACGCCGUGUGACAGAAGCAGUGUAUUUCAGCACCAGAUCUCUUGACACCACAUGUGGCGGUUUUUCCGUUUGAUGACUCUUAACAUUCCCAGCUGUCAGGGCCCCUGGCCUUAGACGUGGCUCAGUGGAGGGAGGCCCAGCAUGGCCAGGCCCGCAUGGAGCACCUCACGCAGAGCCCGCAGGAGCUGUAGGCGGGCACACAUCUGAGCGAACAGGUGCGGCCGGGGCUCCUGGAGGAGAGAAGGGAUGUGCUGGUCUCACCUUUGCUGCCGUCCCUAGAACCCCUCCUGCUGGGCACUUACCCCAAGCACGUGCACGCGGUUAUAGUAGGAACUGAAAUCCAUGGUGAGCUGGACCAGGAACUUGCACACCUACGGACAAACGGAGUCACUGCCCAGUGACCUGACUUGUACCCAGAGCGAAAUAAAGGAGAGCAGGUAGCGUCUGCUCUGGCCUCGUC